AUGUCGCGCCCUGAAAGCCUCGGGGAUCCCCUCAAAAAAGAAUGGCAGUCCUCCGAAGCCCUAGCGAACGGUUCCUCUCUGGCCAGCAGUAUGAAAGGCAGCGACGAUUCGACCGACACGACGGAAUUGCAAGAGAAAACAGAGCCCGAGCCCGAGAUAGAUGAGCCACCAUAUCCAACAGGCGUCCAGUUGGGACUCAUUGUCUUUGCGCUGUUUUGCUCAGUUUUCAUCGUGGCAGUCAGUCAAACCGUUCUUGCGACAGCCAUCCCGACUAUCACGAGCGUCUUCAACAGUUCCGACGAUAUUGCAUGGUACAGCACUGGAGAACAGAUCACGGCCGUUGCGCUACAACUUCCCUUCGGUCAAGCGUACUCGCUUUUCAAUAACAAAUGGACUUUCUUGACAUCGGUGAUCAUCUACCUUGCUGGUAGCGCGGUUUGCGGCUCCGCCCCAUCGUCAGUUGCCUUGAUCAUUGGUAGAGCCAUUCAGGGUGUAGGCAUGGCAGGUGUAUUCGGCGGCUCAUUCAUCGUCAUUGCUCGCAUCACGCCGCUGAGAAAGCGUAGUCUGUUUGCGGGCUUAUUCGGCGCUGCGUAUGCCAUCGCCAGUGUCAUUGGACCUAUCAUGGUAGUUGCCGUCGUCAUCUUCUGUUUGCCCCCUUCCCUCUGCCGGACCUCAGCAGAGCUCAAGUCCAUGACCCCAAUCCAGCUGGCAAAGAAGUUUGAUCUUCUUGGUACUACUCUUCUACUAGCUUCUCUGGUCUGUCUUAUGUUGGCUCUUCAAUGGGGCGGUGGUGAAUACCCGUGGAGUGACGCGCGCGUCAUCGCAGUCUUGGUUGUGUUCGGCGUCACACUCCUCCCGUGGAUGGCGCUACAGUACUUCCAGGGCGAUGAUGCUACAGUGCCUCUCAGUAUCGUAAAGCAACGUUCCGUUGCGUCUUCUAACCUUUACCUGCUCUUCUUGAACGGCGCCUUCGGUGUUUUCAUCUUUUAUUUGCCUGUUUGCACAGCUGUCGGUUCAAUUGUAGCUGGAGGUCUUGUAAUGGCUAUUGGCUUUUACAAUCCGUUCGUGAUCAUGGGUUCCCUCUUGGUCACAGCCGGUUCAGCGCUUUUGAUGACCAUUCAAUCUGAUGCUGCACUUGGCAUACUUGUUGGCGCUCAGAUUCUAGUCGGUGCUGGCGUCGGCGUCGGAGCCGAACAGGCCAACGUGGCCGUUCAGACCGUGCUGCCCAACGAAAAGAUUCCCAAGGGCACUAGCCUGACCCUUUUCACGAGACUUUUAGGAGUAGCUCUGUCGGUUCCUAUUGCGCAAAGCGUGUUCCAGCAAGAGCUUUCUAAGAACCUUGGUAGUGCUGUUGCUGCCAAGAUUUACGGCGAUGGCGGAGCAACUCAGAUCAAGGACAACCUGCAAAAGAUUUUUGGAGAUGGGACCGCUGAGUAUCAGAAUGCAUUGGACAAGGUCAACACUUCCUUGACGAGAACUUUCAUGCUGGCCAUGAUCCUAGCCGCCAUAUCAUUCCUCUUUGCAAUUCUCUUGGAGUGGAAGAACGUCAAGAAGGAGAAGAGGUCAUUCGACGAUUCCAAGGAACAGAAGAGUCAGUCUGAGAAUUAA